AUGCCUCCGCCUCACGUGGAUAUUGAGGCGACAGAGCCCAACAGCUCUUCCUCAUCAACUGGCACCAAGUCCGCCGAGGAAGGAACACACCACUUGGAGCAACCCGACGGCCAGAGACGACCAAGUGUCGCUGCUCUUUUGUGCAACCCUUUGGCCGGACGCACUGAAGAGGAUGUGCUCGCCGAGGUCGACGCCUGGGUUGAAGAAAAGGGCUUACAAGACUCGCGAGAGGCGUUUCGCAAGGGAGCUCUACUCGCCCGCGUCCAGCAAAGGGACGAUGGCUUCGAGAGCGUCUCGGCCCUGAGCGAAGCCGAAAAGGAGCUGCUGCGGUACGAGAUCAAGCACAGGUGGAGCCAGCCCUUCAUGCUCUACUUUCUGGUCAUUUUGUGCGCAGGCUCCGCCAUCGUGCAAGGCAUGGAUCAGACAGCCGUAAACGGAGCUCAGCUCUACUACUUUGAGGAAUACGGAAUCACCAACGUGUGGCAACGAGGGCUGCUCAACGGCGCUCCGUACCUCGCUUCCGCUCUGAUCGGCUGCUGGACGAACGCCCCCCUCAACAAGGCUUUCGGUCGCCGUGGCACCAUCUUCAUAUCCUGCGUCAUCUCCUUCAUUACCGGCUUCUGGAUGGCCGCUGCCGAUUCUUGGUACAACCUGCUCAUCGCUCGCUUCGCCCUGGGGUUUGCUGUGGGGGCAAAGUCCAGCACAACCCCCGUCUACGCCGCCGAGUCUGCGCCCAAGACCAUCCGCGGCGCACUGACAAUGAUGUGGCAGAUGUGGACCGCCUUCGGCAUCAUGCUGGGCUUCGUCGUCUCCGUUGCCUUUGAGAAUGUCGACUUUCUGGGCCAGUAUUCCCAGUGGCGCUGGAUGCUCGCGUCCACCUCGAUCCCGCCCUUUAUCGUCAUGAUCCAGGUCUACUUCUGCCCCGAGAGUCCCAGAUGGUACAUGGAGAAAGGAAAGUACGACAAAGCUUUCCGCGCCCUGAAAAGAUUGCGGACGAACGAGAUCCAAGCCGCGCGUGACAUGUACUACGCCUACAAGCUUCUGGAGAUUGAGUCGGCUGAGCGCGAGGGAAAGAGCCUCUUCAAGGAGUUCUUCACCAUCAAGCGCAACCGCCGCGCCGCUCAAUCUUCCUUCUUCGUCAUGUUCAUGCAGCAGUUCUGUGGCGUGAACGUCAUCGCGUAUUAUUCCUCCGCCAUCUUUGAGCAAGCUGGUUUCUCGCGGUCGAAUGCCUUGCUUGUAUCCUUCGGCACCGGCGUCACCAACUGGUUGUUUGCAUUGCCGGCUGUGUACACAAUCGACACGUUCGGCCGCCGCAACCUGCUGCUGACAACGUUCCCGCUCAUGGGCAUCUUCCUCCUCUUCUGCGGCUUCUCCUUCUGGAUCCCCAACAACGCCGACGGUUCGGUCUCGGACUCUCGAAUCGCCUGCGUGGCUACGGCCAUCUUCUUGUUCAUGAUGGUCUAUUCGCCCGGCGAAGGACCCGUCCCGUUUACGUACAGCGCCGAGGCGUUCCCGCUGUACAUCCGCGACACGGGCAUGUCCUUCGCCACAGCCACCACCUGGGGCUUCAACUUCAUCCUCAGCCUGACCUGGCCCGCCCUCGUCGAAGCCUUCCAGCCUCAGGGCGCGUUUGGAUGGUACGCCGGCUGGAAUUUCGUAGGCUGGAUAUAUUGUUACUUCUUCCUGCCCGAGACGAAGAAUCUCACCCUCGAAGAGCUGGACACCGUCUUCUCCGUCGGCAACAGGGAGCACGCGCAGUACUACGCCCGCAAGCUGCCCUGGUAUCUCAACAAGUACAUCUUGAGGAAGGAUGUCCCGCCGUUUCCGCCGCUGUAUCAGUUCCACGAGGAAAAGGUUCACAGUCAUCAUGUACAGGAUGAGAAGGUUCAGGGAAAAGAAUAG